AUGGAAGAAAUGAACAGCCAGGGGGAAGGCACUGUGAAACAUAACAAAGUUAUCCGAAACUUGUCACGUCGUCAACAUCAUCACAAGACAUCUGAUUUUCUUAUUUUCAUUUCCCACGUCACUUGGCGUUUUCAUGUCAAUGAGCGUAAUCUGUAUGCAGAAUAA